AGGUAAAAAGAAGAUGUCAGGUCGUCGUGUCGCUGCAGCAUGUGAUAGACGACAGCUCCCGCGGGGCAUGGGUAGCAUGGCAUCCCCCCUCCUUGACCCGCGUCCACUUCGACUACCGUUUCUUGAGGCUGACAGUCGCCUCCAAUCGAUUUGCGGGCGCUCGAUGCAGCAGCCUUCGCGGAGGAGCAUUCUUCGGUCUCGGCCGCCGCCGCCACCUCCUCCCCUGCCGCCGCCGCCAAUCGAUGCGCUCAGGGCUCCGGUCGCCAUUUUAGGGGGAGAGCGAGGGAGGCAGAAGGAAGGGUCGGCCCCUCCAAGGCAUUCCUUGCUCACAAUGUAUAGAACAAAAGUCAGCUUGAAAGAUCGUCAGCAACUUUAUAAACUAAUCAUUAGUCAGCUGCUAUAUGAUGGGUAUAUAAAUAUUGCAAAUGGUUUGAUAAAUGAGAUAAAACCACAAUCAGUCUGUGCACCAUCUGAGCAACUGCUGCACCUAAUUAAAUUAGGAAUGGAGAACGAUGACAGUGCUGUUCAAUAUGCAAUUGGACGGUCAGAUACGGUAGCUCCAGGCACAGGAAUUGACUUAGAAUUUGAUGCAGAUGUACAAACCAUGUCUCCUGAGGCUUCUGAAUAUGAAACUUGUUAUGUCACGUCUCAUAAAGGACCAUGUCGUGUAGCUACGUAUAGCAGAGAUGGACAGUUAAUAGCUACAGGAUCUGCUGAUGCCUCGAUAAAAAUUCUUGAUACGGAGAGAAUGCUGGCCAAAAGUGCUAUGCCUAUUGAGGUCAUGAUGAAUGAGACAGCACAGCAGAACAUGGAAAAUCACCCUGUUAUUCGGACUCUGUAUGAUCAUGUGGAUGAAGUUACAUGUUUAGCUUUUCAUCCAACAGAACAGAUUCUAGCAUCUGGUUCAAGGGACUACACACUUAAAUUGUUUGACUAUUCAAAACCUUCUGCCAAAAGAGCCUUCAAAUAUAUACAGGAGGCAGAGAUGUUACGCUCAAUCUCUUUUCAUCCUUCUGGAGAUUUCAUACUUGUUGGUACCCAACACCCUACCUUACGCCUUUAUGAUAUCAAUACUUUUCAGUGUUUUGUGUCUUGCAAUCCUCAAGAUCAGCAUACUGAUGCUAUAUGUUCAGUAAAUUACAAUGCAAGUGCAAACAUGUACGUAACAGGAAGUAAGGAUGGAUGCAUCAAACUGUGGGAUGGUGUUUCAAAUCGCUGUAUCACUACUUUUGAGAAGGCACAUGAUGGAGCUGAAGUCUGUUCUGCUAUUUUUUCCAAAAACUCAAAGUAUAUCUUGUCAAGUGGAAAAGACUCUGUAGCUAAACUAUGGGAGAUAUCCACUGGUCGAACACUGGUCAAAUAUACAGGAGCUGGUUUGAGUGGACGACAAGUACACAGGACACAGGCUGUCUUCAACCAUACAGAGGACUAUGUGCUGCUUCCAGAUGAAAGGACCAUAAGUCUCUGCUGCUGGGAUUCAAGAACUGCUGAACGGAGAAAUCUUCUUUCUCUUGGGCAUAACAGCAUUGUCCGCUGUAUUGUUCAUUCUCCUACCAAUCCUGGUUUCAUGACUUGCAGUGAUGACUACAGAGCUAGAUUUUGGUACAGAAGGUCAACCACAGACUAAAGACAGCUUUAUAAAACAGUGAUUAUCCAGACUCAUAUCAUCUUGUAUUGAUUGUACUGCCAACAGAUGCCUAGAUGAGAGCCAUGCUGUGUCUGUUUUUUAAUUCUGUCAAAUGUGGCAGAAAAAUACCAGAAUACUGAGACUAAGUUUUUGCCCCAUGCUAAUUUUUUUUAUUAGUGUGUGAGGCAUUAAUUUUUGUAAGUCAUCUCUAAUUGUACUCAAGGGAGAGGAGGGGAGAAUAAAAUGAUCCUUGCAAGAAGGAUUAAACUUGUUCUUCUGUCUCUAAAUCCUGCGAAAGAUAAUGUGACUAAAUCUUGCUCAAACUGGGCAGAAUGAGCCAGUUUUGAUCUGCAUUGUAUCUGUGCAAUCCCACUGAAGUCUGUUUAAAGAAUGGAUUACACAAGUAACAGCAGAACUUGGCAAAUACUUUAAUGAAGCCUUAAGCUGCCUUCAGUUCUGAUUCAUGCUUUGUAAAGCUCCAUUUUGUAUCCUUUUAGUCUGUUUUUUGUGAGUUUUUUUGUUUUUGUUUUUUUAAUUGGCCAAGUGGACCUUCAAUUCUAAGCCAGUCUUGUGCCAUAAGAAUUUGAAACACAAUUUUAAAUUGUUUAGAUGAACUCAAGAAAUGGUGUUCUAGUUCUGAUAUUAAAGUUCAGACUUGAAA